AAGACAACAAAUUCAAACGAACGAACAUGCUGACAAGAAACAGAAGACGAGGCUCCCCACUAACAUACUUCUGUCUGAAUUUCAUUAUUAUAAAAUCAUCCUCCUCCUCUUCCCCAUCUUCAUUCACUUCUCUUCAACAGAUUGUUUUCUUUUUCUUCUUUCAAAAUGGAGACCCAAUCUAAAAGGCAGCCAAAAGGGGUCUCACCCAACAAGCAAAGCAAGUUCAAGGAAAGAAGCACAUUCAAUAACUUCAAAACCAAAACCAAAUUUGUUGGGGUUAGGCAAAGGCCUUCUGGAAAAUGGGUAGCAGAGAUCAAAGACACUACACAGAAGAUAAGAAUGUGGCUCGGAACUUUUGAAACUGCAGAGGAGGCUGCUCGAGCUUAUGAUGAAGCUGCUUGCUUGCUCCGUGGUUCCAACACUCGGACCAACUUCACCACACAUGUUCCUCCAAAUUCUCCUAUAUCCAUGAAAAUCAGAAACCUCCUCAAUCAUAAAAAGAACCUUAAACAAAACUACCCUGCAACCGCCACCUCAGAAACCACCGUUAGAGCAAGUAUGAUAGUUAGUGGUAACAGAAGCGAUAUCAUCAGCAGCGAUGUUUUUGUACCCCAUAGCAGCACUGCCGGUUUUCAUUCUGGUAAUGCCCAUUUCAGUUCACUAUUAUGCAUUGGUGCCAAGCAAGAAAACCAAGAUACGUCUGAUGAUGUCUACCGUCCGGACCUGAGUAGCUGCACUGGGGGACUCGAACCCAGUUCAUCUCAGUUUUAUUAUUCAUCAUGGCCACUGUUCCCAACUGGGUUCGAUGAGCUUCCAUUAAUUCAAGAAGGGUUGGAGUUGCCAAAGACUGUUGGUAUGUUGCCUGAUGCAACUGAUCAUGACUUAGAAGUAGCUGGAGUUGGGCGGAUGAAGGUAGAAAGACAGAUGUCAGCGUCAUUAUAUGCAAUGAAUGGAGUGAAUGAGUACUUGGAGAAUGCAUAUGAUCCAAGUGAGGCUCUCUGGGACCUUUCCACUUUGACUCAACUGUUCUGUCCUAGUUGAGUUGAUUCUUUUCUCUCUCUCUCUCUCUCUCUCUCUCUCUCUCUCUCCCUGUAUUUUAUGAAAUUUGAUGCAUGAAUCAAUGAGCUUUAGCCUACCAGAGUUGUCUCUGGCCUGAAGAGGUUGCCAGUUGUCCCCAGAGUGUGAGAACUGCAAGUUCAUACCUUAGUCUUUGUCUUUUUAACCAAAGAGUAUUUUUGACAUAUGAAGGUAGGAAGCCUUAGCUGGCCUUUUCAAUUUUUCUUUCCCUUAAUUAUAUUUACUGUAAUAAAUAAAUAGAAGAGACACUUAUAAAUUGACAAU